GCAACACACAGCACCGAAUGAACGGUGGAACAAACUUUUGCUUUUAAAGAUUAUUUUUAAUUUACCGUUUAUUCUGAAAGUGGAUCAUGUCGGUGAAUUACGCCGCUGGACUCUCUCCGUAUGUGGAUAAAGGCAUCUGCGGCCUCCCUGAGGUGUUUGACAGCUCGGAUGAGUUGAAGAAUAAAGUGGAGACUCUGGCGCAGUGGAUCAGGGAGUCGCAGUACAUGGUGGUGCAUUCAGGAGCAGGAAUCAGCACAUCCACAGGAAUCCCGGACUUCAGAGGCCCUAAUGGAGUGUGGACAAUGGAGGAGAGAGGAGAGACACCUCACUUCAACACCACUUUUGAGGAGGCACGUCCCAGUCUGACUCACAUGGCUCUACUGCAGCUCCAGAGAGCAGGAUACCUCAAAUACCUCAUCAGCCAGAAUGUAGACGGACUUCACCUACGCUCAGGCUUCCCCAGGGAUCGGUUGUCAGAACUCCACGGGAACAUGUUUGUUGAAGAAUGUGAGAAAUGUGGCAAGCAAUAUGUUCGCGACACGGUAAUUGGAGUGAUGGGGCUGAAGCCGACCGGACGCUUCUGUGAGGAGAUGCGCUCCAGAGGACUCCGAUCUUGCAGAGGCAAGCUGAUCAGCACUAUAUUGGACUGGGAGGACUCGCUGCCCGACAGAGACCUGAAUAGAGCUGAAGAAGCAUCCAGGCGAGCAGACCUGGCCUUGACGUUAGGUACAUCUCUUCAAAUUAAACCCAGUGGAGAUCUGCCUCUUCUAACCAAACGCGCUGGAGGGAAGGUGGUUAUAGUCAACCUACAGCAAACCAAACAUGACAAGCACGCCCACCUGCGUAUCCACGGCUAUGUAGACGAGGUCAUGGGUCAGCUGAUGAAGCUGCUGGGAUUAGAGGUUCCUGAGUGGGCGGGGCCAACGCUGUGUGAAAACUCAGGUGGAGAUCUGGACAUCCUUCCUUAUGGAUCCAGGAAAAAGGAAGUGAAGACUGAGCUGAAGAUAGAGGACAAUAAACACGUGAUACCGAAGAAAAUCAAGAAGAAAUCGCAGGAUGAUGAGAUACAUUUCAAGAAAGAUGUUAAAGAGGAGACGAAAGAAGAGGACAAAGAAGCAAAAACGAAUUCAACGUUCAAACUGAAAGAUGUGCAUGUCUUCAGUGACUCUCGGCCAAUCAAAAGACAGAAGUCAGACUGUGAGGAGGCACAUCCUUCAAAUGGCUCCGGUACUUCUGCCAUGAACACAAUCAUAGAGUCUGAAAAUGUGAAAGCACAAACCAACAUUGAAGCCUCCUCAUCCUAGAGCCAUUGUACUUGGCACACACGGACAAAAGAUUGACAAUAGCAAAUCUCAGGAGGUGCAGACACGAUUGGCUCAUUCUGUAUAUAAUACACAGGCAAGCCCAUGCUCAAUGUUUACAUCCUGAUGUGUCUCGCACAGUAAGCCUCAAAUCACUCUGAACCCACAUGACUUUCUUUCUUGUGCGGAACACAAUAGGAGAUGUUGAAUGAAUAUCUUGGUCUGUCAUUUUUGAGUGAAAUGUUCCUUUAAAUGCUAUGGGCCCACUCAAUUUUUCAAAGGGAUAUCGUGCAGCAGGAGGAAGUUAUGUCAUAUGAGUAAUUCACUCUUGCUGGUAGUUAGUGGACAUUAUAUGCAAGUAAUGAUUUAUAUGUGCCAGCUGAGCAUUAGUGAAAUUUGGUUUUGAACUGUAAAAAUCUAUUUUUUAAAUGAUAUAUGGGGUGAAAUAUGACCCGGACAUGUUCUUUACAGGUUUCGUGAGAUUCAUCCUUAAAGAAAUCAAUGGCUAAAUACUUUGAAACCAGUGAUGUUUGUACAUUUCAGUGUGUUUGGAGAGAUCAUCAUGAGGUUUAUGUAAUAAUCAUGUAACAUUUGAUGCUUCAUAACUACCGAGUCUUUACAAUGUUGAGAUUGUGCUUUUUGUUUGUUUAUAUCUUUAGCUGUACUAUAUUUUGUUUUAGUUUGUUUUCUACUUUUUUCUUAAAGACUUGAGGUCGUAUAUAAACAAAAUGCUAAAACUAUA